AUGAAGUUCUCUCUUCUGUCGCUGGCGACCCUGGUCGGGGCCGCUAUGGCUACCACCGUCGACCCUAUUGUGAUCAAGGGUACCAAAUUUUACUACUCCAGCAACCAGACGCAAUUCUUCAUGCGUGGUGUCGCCUACCAGUACUCUCAAACUGAGGAUCCUUUGGCCAACCCCACCGCUUGCAAGCGUGAUAUCCCUAUCAUGCAGGAGUUGCGCACCAACGUGAUCCGUACUUACUACAUCAAUGCCACUGCCGACCACUCCGAGUGCAUGAAGCUUCUGCAGGAAGCCGGCAUCUACGUUGUCUCUGACCUUUCCAGCACGUCUGAGGCCAUUGACCGUAGCGACCCCGAGUGGAAUGUCGCCCUCUACAACCGUUACACCGCCGUCAUUGACGAGCUCCAGCAGUACAACAACACCAUUGGUUUCUUUGCCGGUAAUGAGAUUGCCAACUCCGUCGCCACCACCGAUGGUAUGGCUUACGCCAAGGCCGCCAUUCGGGACAUGAAGAAGUACAUCAAGGAGAUGGGCUACCGUGCCAUGGGUGUCGGAUACGCCACUGCCGACGUUUCUGCUAUCCGAGUCGACCUGGCCAACUACCUGGACUGCCAGUCCGAAGAUGAGACGGUCGACUUCUACGGAUACAACAUCUACUCCUGGUGCGGUGACUCUACCUACGCCGAGUCAGGCUACAAGGCCCGUACCGAGGAGUUCGCCAACUACACCGUCCCCGUCUUCUUCGCCGAGUAUGGUUGCAACACCGCCUCUGUCCGUACCUUCACUGAGGUUGAGGCCCUGUACGGCGACAACAUGACCCCCGUCUGGUCCGGUGGUAUUGUGUACAUGUACUUCCAGGAGUCCAACGACUACGGUCUCGUGUCCGUUGUGGACAGCACCAGCGUCAGCAAGAUGAGCGACUUCAAGUACUACUCCAGCCAGAUCAACAGUGCCGACCCCUCCAGCACCAGCAAGAGCGCCUACACCCCCACCAACACCGCCCUGAUGAGCUGCCCCACCGAAGAUAGCAGCGCCUGGGAAGCCAAGGCCUCUCCCCUGCCCCCUGCUGCCGAUGAGUCCCUGUGCGAGUGUGUCUACGAUGCCUCCGCCUGCGUUCCCGACAGCAGCCUGAGCUCCGCCAAGCUUGGCAAACUGCUCGGCGUUGUCUGUGGCUACACUGACUGUGGUGGUAUUGACUCCAACGGUACCACUGGCAAGUACGGUGCCUACAGCAUGUGUGGUGUCAAGGACCAGCUCGCUUUCGCCCUGAACAAGUACUACAGCGAGCAGGACGAGUCUGCCACUGCCUGCAGCUUCGACGGUUCUGCCAGCACCAAGGCCACCACCAAGGCUACUGGUACCUGCUCCUCGCAGAUGAAGGAGGCCGGUACUGCCGGCACUGGUACCGUCACCACCGAGGCUACCGCUACCGCCGACUCUAGCUCCUCCUCCAGCACUUCGUCCUCGUCCAGCGCUGGUGCCCCCGCUAGCAUCCACCAGAGCGUUGCCUUUGGUUCCAUCCAGGUCGGUGUCUACUCGGCCAUCGCCCUGCUGACCGGUAUGGGUAUGAUUCUCCUGUAA